CCCUAAUAUAACAGCUGCUUGGAAUAUAUACUUGUACAAAAGUGAACCCUAAUCUUGAAUAGAGCAGGAGCUUUUGCCAUUAUACGGUCUACAUUAGAGAACAGCACUGAAUGGAAUGAUGGAAUCAAACAACAGUUCAACAGAAUAUACGACAUUUGAGAGAGUUCUCUCGCUAACGAUUGGUAUUCUACUGCUGGUGACAUCUCUUGCUUCAAUAAUUGCCAACGCACUACUUCUAGCUGCCAUCUGCUACGAUCCUUACAAAUGUCUUCGUAAUGUACCAAUAAUAUUCAUAGCAAACCUCGCAGUCGCUGAUUUGUUGACAGGACUUGCUGUUGAUCCAUUGCUUGCUGUUUACCAUUUUGGUGUUUAUCAAAACAAACAUUACUUGAAAAUACAAAAUGUUUCUCACUACAUCGCUUUUACCACAAUCAACAAUACUGUAGUCACAACCGUAAUACUCAUCAUCGACCGAAACAGCUGGACAAUAAAUAAGAACAUUAAAGAACAGCACUGCACGAAUGGAAUGAUGGAAUCAAACAACAGUUCAACAGAAUAUACGACAUUUCAGAGAGUUCUCUCGCUAACGAUUGGUAUUCUACUGCUAGUAAUAUCGCUUGCUACAAUAAUUGCCAACGCACUACUUCUAACAGCCAUCUGCUACGAUCCUUACAAAUGCUUUCGUAACGUACCAAUAGUAUUUGUAGCAAACCUCGCAGUCGCUGAUUUGUUGACAGGACUUGUUGUGGAUCCAUUGUAUGCUGUUUACCAUUUUGGUAUUUAUCAAAACAAAUAUUACUCGAAAACACUAGAAAUUGGUGAUUACGGCUCUUAUAUAACAGUCAACAACGCUAUAGUCACAAUAGUAAUACUCAUCAUCGACCGAAGUGUGACCAUUAAAAAACCUUUCUUGUAUCGUCGAGUUAUGACACUAAAAUCAGCUGCAAUAAUUGUGGCCAUUUCGUGGAUUUACUCCGGAUUUUUCUCCUCAUUUCGCCUAAUGGGAAUGUCUGACAAAGUGUAUAUCUUACUGAAUACACAUCUACAUGUAACUUUCUCAUUUCUCUCAUUGACUCUCUUAUUUGCUUUCAUAUACUUCAACUUGAAGACAAAGAAAAGGCGGAGACUGAAAGAAGUCACAUCUGUGGAAUUCUGA